GAGUUCAACAGAUAGGAGAGCACAUAUGAGUUUUCUCGUGAACAAGGGCUCUACCCCAUCCCCGAACUCAACUCCACAAAGUUCUUCCAACUUCAUAGGUAGAGGCCUUGAUGUGAUACAUUCCAAUGGUACUUUAUCAGAUCGCUCGUCUUUCCAUGGGGUCAUGCAUAGAAACGUUAAUCAUGAAGGUUUAGAAUCAAAUUCUAACAUGAUUUACACAAUGGAAGCUCAACAUGCUUUCUCUCUUCAGACGACAACUUCUUGGGGAUUUAAUGGCCCCGGUGAACCUUCAAGUUUUGAUCAAUUUAUACAUGGAAACAACAUCGACUUGACACAAAAUGAGAUGCCACUCGAGCUUCAGAAUAGCUGCAACGAUCAAAUACCACCUCAUAAUUUCGACUACUUUUCUUCCGAUUAAGCUUGUUUAUUUUUAGUUCAUGAGAAGCGUUUCUCAGGGAGGAUUUUGGAUGUUAAGGUCGUUAAGCUGGUGUUAGACUCAAAAUCAUAAUAACGUCACGUUUUAUUAACGGAUUAGGGUUGUUAUAAAAUAUAUAUGUGUAUGUAAUAUGUGUGAAGGGGUUGUAAGUUUUUGUGUGAUGUAUUGAAUAGUAAACCACAUGCUACACCUAUUAUGAUUUUCAAGGUCACGUGAGAUAUGGAUC